GAGAGAGAAAAGAAAAAGAAAUAAAGUACUACUCUUAGUUUUAAAGGGCCAAACUUCAACGGUCGAGUCUAAUCCAUUGUCCGUGGGACUGUGAGACUGCCAGUCCGGGAGAGAUGAGGAAAGGGAAAACCGCCCCAAAUGGUGAGGAAGCGAGAGAGAGAAAGCGGAAAGCAGCAGGCUCGGAAACCCUCAUCAACUAUUACAGGCAGCGGCGGAAGUCAAGAGAUCUUCAAGGAGGAAAAGCAGAGGAAAUUAGAGAGUCUGGAGAUGAUGAUAAGGGCAAACAAGGAAAAGGGUUCUUCGCUUGCUAUCUUUUAACCUCUCUCUCCCCUCGCCAUAAAGGCCACACCUAUAUCGGAUUUACUGUGAACCCAAGGCGUCGAAUAAGGCAGCACAAUGGUGAAAUAGGAAGUGGUGCUUGGAGGACCAAGAGCAAACGCCCCUGGGAGAUGGUUAUAUGCAUUUAUGGCUUUCCAACUAAUGUCUCUGCUCUUCAGUUUGAGUGGGCCUGGCAGCACCCUCAAGAAUCGGUGGCUGUGAGGGAAGCAGCUGCAACUUUUAAAUCCUUAUCUGGAGUAGCCAAUAAGAUCAAACUUGCAUAUACGAUGCUCACCCUCCCUGCCUGGCAGAGCUUGAACAUCACAGUAAACUAUUUCUCAACCAAAUACAGAAAGGAUUCUGCCUGUUGCCCUAGCUUGCCAGAGCAGAUGAAAGUUCAAGUUUGCUCAAUGAAUGAGCUUCCCUGUUAUACUGAACAAGAUGAGUUUGAAUACAAAGAUGAUUGUGAUAACUUAGAUGAAUAUGAUGAAGUCAAUGAUACUUGUGAAACUGUUUGGGAAACAUAUCCAGAUGAAGUGGUUAAUGCUUCAGCAGAUAAUUUUCUUAGCAGCAUUCAUGAGGCUUCUCAUGAAGAAUUUGAAGACAUUGAAGAAUAUAAAACAAGAAAACCAGUGGACUCAUCCACUCUUGGAGUACAUAAUAUACAGCCACAAGUUUUCAUUGAUUCUCCUACAAGUAAAACUUCCUCAAUAGCUACUGGCCUCCCCAUGGUAGGUCCACAACCAUGGGUAAGAGAGAAACUGUUGACUACUACUUAUGAAGGAUAUGAAAAACCAGGGGACUCAUCCACUUUUGGAAUAUAUCACACACAGCCAUUUGAUUGCGAUUAUUCACCAGUACGAACAUCUCCCUCAUUUGUUACUAGCCUUUCCGAUGGUGAGACAGCUGAAGGUGCCAAUACAAGCAUUAUUGAGAAGGAAUGUCCAAGUCGGAAGCAAUUUACAGCUGUAGUGGCAGCCAAUGAAGAUCGACAGCCAGGGGAGAAACCAUUGACAACUGACGUUGCUGUUUUGGAAGAUCAACUCCCUAGCUCUACUGUUGCUCAUGAAGUCGAGGUUAUAGAUUUAUUAACCCCGUCUCCUGCCUGUAGACUCAUAUCAGACAGCAAAAAGAGAAGAAUUUCUAUGUUUUCUCCUGAGAUCAUAGAUCUCACUUAAGCUUUGCUGAGUGUAGAAUGUUGAGCAUGCUAAUGAUGAAUAAGAGAUGGGUUAAGGAAGGACACAAUAGCAAUUCUUUUAAUCCAUAAUAAUAUGGAAGGGCUGAACAGGGAAUUUAUUUUAAUUCCACUAUAAAUCCCUGCUUGAAUGUUAAGUAGUUGCUGUUUUCAACAAAUAUUACAAUCCUCGGUAUCUGAUGAUGAGGGAAUCACAUCAUUGUAUAUUAGUAGUGAACUUACCUCUGAAAUAAAAGGUUCAUUUGAUUUUUCAUUU